AUGAUGAUUGAUAAUAAUUGUGGUAAAGAAAAAGUAUGGGUACCAAAUCCAGAAAAAGGUUGGAUUAAUGGUGACUUAAUAAAAGAAAUACCUGGUGAAGGUUGGUUAGUUAGAGAUGAAAAUGGAAAAGAAAUUAAAAUUGAAAAAGAUGAAUUAAGAAUGCAAAAUCCAGUAAUUCAAGAAGGAAUAGAUGAUAUGACAUCAUUAUCACAUUUACAUGAAGCAGCAGUAAUACAUAAUUUAAUAAAAAGAUAUGAAAUUAAUUCAAUUUAUACAUAUACUGGUAGCAUAUUGAUUGCGAUUAAUCCAUAUACAAAAUUACCAAUAUAUAGUAAAGAAAUGAUUGAAAGUUUUUGUGAUCAACCAGUUUCAAAAUUAGCACCACACGUUUACUCAAUUGCAGAAUCAGCAUAUAGAGAGAUGUUAAAUUUUCAAAAGAAUCAAUCGAUUUUAGUAUCUGGUGAAUCUGGUGCAGGUAAAACUGAAACUACUAAAUUCUUAUUACAAUAUUUCGCAGCAAUGGGUGAAAAAGGUAAUGGUGUAAAUACAUCGUUAAUCUCUGAAGAGGAUAUAGUCGAGGGUAAUAAUAUUGAAACUCAAGUUAUAAAAUCAACACCGAUUCUAGAAGCAUUUGGUAAUUCAAAAACAUUACGUAAUGAUAAUUCUUCAAGAUUUGGUAAAUUCAUUGAAAUUCAUUUCGAUAAAAUAAAAGGCACAAUAGUUGGUGCAAAAUUAGAAACUUAUUUAUUGGAGAAAUCUAGAAUUGUAAAACCACCAGAAAAUGAAAGAGGUUAUCAUAUAUUUUAUCAAUUAAUUAAAGGUUUUAAUAAUAGUUGUUGUUUAAAAAAUAGUAGUAAUAAUAAUAAAGAUGAAGACAGUAGUAGUAGUAGUAAUAAUAAUAUUGAUGAUUUAAAAUCAUUAUUAAAAUGUAAAGCAUCAGAUUUUAAUUAUUUAAUUUCAAGUGGUUGUGAUUCAAUUGAUGGUGUUGAUGAUUCACAAGUUUUUAUAAAAACUGAAAAUGCUUUAAAAGUAAUGGGUUUAUCAAAUGAUGAAUUAAUUGGAAUUUAUAAGAUAUUAUUAUCAAUUUUACAUAUUGGUAAUAUUGAAUUUGAAAAGGGUAAGGAAGAAGAUUCAUCCAUAAUCAAGUAUGGAAAUUCAUCAUUUGGUGAAUCAUUUAGUGAUGAUGAUGCUGGUGGGUAUAAUCCAUUGGAAAUAUCAUGUAAAUUAUUAGGUUGUUCAGUUGAUUCAUUAAAGUCAACGUUUUGUUCAAGAAAAAUGAAAGCUGGUAAUGAAUCUUAUACUAUAAAUCAUACAGUUGAACAAGCAUCACAAGCAAGAGAUUCUUUAUCAAUGUUUUUAUAUUCAAGAUUAUUCGAUUGGUUAGUGGUUAGGAUUAAUCAAUCAAUUGAUAAAAUUGGUACUGAAAAGAAAGAUAAUUCAUUCCUUUUCAUUGGUAUUUUAGAUAUCUAUGGUUUUGAAUCAUUUGAAUCAAAUUCUUAUGAACAAUUCACUAUCAAUUAUGCAAAUGAAAAAUUACAAAAUCAAUUUAAUCAUCAAAUUUUUAAAUUGGAACAAUUGGAAUAUGAAAAAGAGAAAAUCGAUUGGUCAUAUAUUGAAUUCUCUGAUAAUCAAGAGUGUAUAGAUUUAAUUGAAAAGAAACCAUUGGGUAUUUUAAGUAUUUUAGAUGAAGAAUCUCAAUUUCCUAAAUCAACUCCAUCAACACUUUGUACAAAAUUAUAUAAUAAUCAUUCAAAAUCUAAAAAUUUUGAAAAACCAAGAUUUUCUCAAACUCAUUUUAUAAUUGACCAUUAUGCUGGUAAAGUGGAGUAUGAUACAAAUUUAUUUUUAGAAAAGAAUAAAGAUUUUAUAAUUUCAGAACAAGUUAGUGCCUUAGAAUCAAGUAAUUGGAAAUUUUUAACAAAUUUAUUUCAAAUCCUAUCAAAGAAAAUGAAUGGAGGUGGUGGUACAAGUGGUGGUGGUGGUGCUGGUGGAAAUAAAGCAUCAUCAUCAGCUGCUGGUAAAUCAACAUUUAAAUUUACAUCAGUAUCAUCACAAUUUAAAGAAUCAUUAAAUUCAUUAAUGACAACAAUUAAUUCUACCAAUCCACAUUAUAUAAGAUGUAUUAAACCAAAUACUGAAAAAAGAGCAAAUCUAUUUGAUAAUGUUAUGGUAUUACAUCAACUUCGUUGUAGCGGUGUAAUUGAACAAUUGCGUAUAAGUAGAUCUGGUUAUCCAUCAAGAUUAGUUUAUGAUAAUUUCAUUAAACGUUAUAAAUUAAUUGUUGCAAAAGAUUUUAAAAAUGAUGAUGAUUCAAAUGAAUCAAAGGAAUGGAAUUCAAUAUUAAAAGAAACUGAUUUAAAUAGUAGUAAUGGUGGUACCAAUAAUCAAAUAGAAUUGAAAAGAAAGGGUGCUGAAUUAAUGAUAAAUAAAUUAUCAAUUGAUAUUAGUUCAGUUCAAUUUGGUUUAACUAAAUUAUUUUUUAAGUCAGGUAUUAUUGCAAAUUUGGAAUUGUUAAGAUCACAAACCAUGAUAAACAGUGCAACCUUUAUUCAAAAAAUAUGGAGAGGUUACACUGAUAGAAAAGCUUACACAAGUACUAAACAUUCUUCAAUUUAUUUCCAAUCAUUAAUUAGAUCAUACUUACAACAAUUGGAAUACAAUUCAAUGGUUGAAGAGAAUUCUGCAAUUCAUUUACAAUCAUUGAUUCGUACUAAUGAAUUGGAGAAACAAUUUAAUCAAUUGUUAUCAACAACUAUUCAUUUCCAAAGUUUAUUACGUCGUUUAGAAGAUUCUAAAGAAUUCAAUACUCUAAUGGACAGAAUUAAAAAGAUUGUAAAGAUUCAAUCAUUGUGGAGAUCAAAUUUGGCAAAGAAACAAUUGAAAUUAUUGAAAGCUGAAGCUAAAUCAUUAACAAAUGUAGUUGCUGAAAAGAAUAAAUUGGCUUCGAAAUUGGGUGAUAUUCAAUCAAAAUUAGAUAUGGAAUCACAAUUGGCACAAAAGAUAAAGAAUGAAAAUGAACAAUUAUCUUCACAAUUUUCAAAUAUACAAAUUGAAAAAGAGAAAUUACAAAAAGAUUUUGGUAAUAUUAAUUUAGAAAAAGAAGAAUUACUUUUAAAAUAUUCAGCUUUAGAAUCUGAAUAUCAUCAAUAUAAACAACAAAAUGAAUUAAUAAUUUCAAAAUUAAAACAACAUAUUAAUGAUUUAGAAGAAAAGCAACAUCAACAUUCAUAUAAAAAUAAUGAAGUUGUUGGUAAUACUAGUUUUGAAGGUAGUACAACAACAAAUAAUGGUGUUACUAGUCCACCAAAAUCAUCACCAGCUAGUCCAAUUAGAAAUUCAAUAAAUUCAAAUAGUGAUACAACAAUAAGUGGCAGUAGUGAUGAUAGUAUUGAUAAUACUGAUAGUUUAAUAUUAUCCCCAAAACAACAUAAAGGUGAAGAUAGAAAAAGAAAUCAUGAAAUUUCAUCAAUUUCACCACCAAGAUCAAGAGAAACUAUUGGCCAUGAUGAUGAUGAUAAUAAUGUUGAUGUUAUACCAAGACGACAAUUUAAUGAAUUAGAAAAAGAAUAUAAAGAAUUAAAACAAAUGGAUGAAACUCAUAAACAAUAUAUUGAAUCAUUAAAACUUCAAAUUACACAAUUGGAAGAAAAAGUUAAAAAAUCAUCAAGUCAUCCACGUUCAUUAUUACCUGGUAUUCCUUCAAAUAUUAAUGAUUCACCAAAAGUAGUUUAUACUAAAUCUUCAAUUACAAAUGAUAAUAGUAGUUCUCAUCAUCAACAACAACAACAACAACAUAAUAUAUCACCAUCAAAUAGUAUUACAAGUACAACAUCACCAAUUAAUAUGAUGGAUAGUAAUAUUAAAUCAUUAUCAUAUAAAGAUUUUACAAAUAGUCAAGAGAUUGAUGCACAACAACAAUUACAUCAAUAUCAUCUUAAUAAUGGUACCAACCCUGCUACAUCUACUACCAAUGGUAGUGGUAAUCCAUUAAGUCAAAGUUCACCAACUGGUAGUGAUAAACAUAUUCAACAAAGUACAAUUUCAGAUUUAGUAAGUGCAUUGAAUUUCAAUAACUGUCAAUUGGAAUCUGGUAAAUAUUUAGUUGAUUUAAUCAUAAAGAAUCAUGAUUCAAUAGUUUCAAAAUAUGUACCAUCUGAAAUGGGUGGAAUACCUGAACCUGCAUUCAUUUUAUCACGUUGUUUCUUAAAGAAUAUUUAUGAUGUUGAUGCAACAGUUAUUGGUACUCCAAAUAGCACAAAUAGUGGUGGUGGCAGUGGUACUGGUGUAUUAGAUCCAAUCGAAACCAAUGUAAACAUUUUAAUUUAUUUCUGUGAUAAAGUUGAAGAAGUAAUUUAUAGAGAUCCAAAAUCAAAUUGUUCAGCAUUAUGUUAUUGGUUUUCAAAUUUCUAUACAUUAUUUAAUAUUAUGGAAACUUAUAAUCAAGAUACAAAAGAUCAAUUAUCAUUAAAUGAUCAAGAUAAAGCAUUAAUUGAAAAAUUAAAAAUUACACUUCAAACAAUGAUUGUAAAAGCUCAUAAAAAUGUUGUUAAAAACAUCACUGAUUAUAUUCAACCAAUACUUCAUAAAUCAUUAAAUGAUACAACUUCAGAAAUUGAUUUUAUGGAUCCAAUUACAAAUUAUUUAAAUCAAAUUCAAAUUUCAUUAUCAUUAGAAAAUUGUUAUAUUAAUAAUAAUUUAUGUAAAUUAUUAUUUGAACAAUUAUUUUCAUUUAUAAAUGCAAUGAUAUUUAAUGAAAUUUUAUUAAGAAAGGAUUUAUGUUGUUUGAGAAGUAGUAUACCAAUAAAGAUGAAUAUUUCAGAAUUGGAACAUUGGGUUAAAUUACAUCAUGGUAAAGAAUGGUCUUCAAGUGUUUGUGAUAAAUUAAGACUUUUGAAAGAGGUGGUUUACAUUUUAAUGAUUGAUAAAACUCAAUUACAAAAUGAUGAACUUCGUGAUGAAAUUUGUCCAACCUUAUCAAUAGCUCAAUUAAAACAAUUACUAACAAUGUAUUCACCAGAUGUUGAUAGUUUUGAAGAUCCAAUCCCAUUAGAAAUUUUAACAUCACUAAUGGAUUCACCAAAAUAUAAUCCUGAUGAAAAUAUCUUAUUGGAUCUUUCAAAAAUUUUCACUUUAAAAUUCAUAAAUUCAAAUCAAACUUUAUCAUCCUCAACCUCUUCUGAAAAUGAUUUAAUGGCUACUAUUAAUUUAAAUGCUUUAGAAUCAGUUCAAUAUGCUUGUGAUGAUUUAGUAAGUAAUAUUGUUAAAAAGAAUAUUGAAAUUGUUUCUUUAAAUAAUCAAAAAUCAAUUAAAAAAUAA